AUAGCCAUAAUAAGGCGGCCAUUGUAUGUAAUCAGCUGAUUUGUUGAUUAAUGUUUUGAUUCAAAUAAACAAAGAUUGAUAAUUCUAUUAUUAUUUAAUAAAAAAUUCGUUAUGUUAAACAUCUUAUUUUAAUUAUAGUAUCUGGAUAUGGAAUGUGUAAAAGGAAAAUCUGAACAAAAAAAGAAACGAAAUCGAAAUAGAUUUCCGGCAGAUUUUGAUGAAGUAAAACAAAAUGUAAAAGAUGCACAGUUUGUAACUAAUAAGGACAAAGAAUUUCUAACAAAGGAUGUAACUAACUUUAGUUCAAGUUUAAGAAUAGAAACAACCUCAGAACUGCCAGCAGAAUUAAAUAAAAGUGCAUGCCACUUAAUGGGAAAAGAGAUAAGUAACUUGAAAAUUAAUAAACAGAGUAAUUUAUCAAGUUCUUCAUCCAAAGAUAGUUAUAAUGUAAUUGAUGUAGUUCCUCCACUAGUAGUUUUGAACAAUGAUGAGUUAUCUAGAAAUAUGUAUAAUACUGCUAAGCCAGAGUCAAAUGAAAAUUUACAGGAUUUAACUAUGAAACAAUCAAAUCCUGAAGUAUCUUAUAAAUUUGAUAAGAUUUUACAAAUGAAUAAACGUAUCUUAGAUGAUAUAACAAAAAAUGAUGAAAUAUCUAUAUUUGUGACAAAUUACGGCACAGAAAGUGCAUGCAUAAGACCUUUUACAGAGUCACAAUUAACUUCUCUAUAUAUGAAUAUUGAAUUGGAGUCUGUGGAUCAGUUUGUUUGUGAUUUUAUCGAAGCUGAACUUAAAGGAACACUAAAGAAACAUCGCCUGUAUGAACUGCUUGAUAAUUACCUUCUUAUCAGAAAUAAAAUUACAGGAAAUACGUUAGAGUUUGAACAACUAAGAAAAGAGUACAAGGAAUCUUUGGAUUCUCUUUGGAGUAUCGAAACUGCAAUGAUUAGUGGAAGAGCAGAGUGUCUAGAUGGAAAUAUAGUAACUGCAACCCAUACUUACAACAAAGCUAUUUUUCAUAGGCCUGCUUUUCAAACAGUUUGCAGAAUUCUAAAUUCUGUAAGGAAGCUUGCAGCUGAAUAUCAUGUAUUGUACUCUUAUUCUUCUGAAGUCUUGAAAUUACAAAUUGAUGCUUAUUUACAAACAUUAAUUAAUAAUUGUAUGAAAUUUGUUCGUAUGUCUCAAUCGCCUAUUGCUCUGACAACUCAGAUACCUCCUUCUGAAUUGGUUCCUCAUAUAAAUGAAUUACGACUUUGUAUAUCUAUAUUAUUUUCUUUUCAAAGAAGGCUUGUAAAAGAUUCUGUCUUUGUAGAGGAGACAAGAAAAUGGUUAACAAGAGUUGUUGCUAUUCUUUUAAGAAUAGCAAAUUGGCAGGAUCACAUGUUUAUUCUUAAUCAUGUCCUUAGGUGUCCUGCAGGGGUCGGAUCCUGGGCCACAAAUUUUAUUCAAGCUCCUCUUUCUGAACAAAAUGUUGACUCACCAUUUAAUAGUAUUGAAAUUAAUCACAUAAUUUCUGUUUUAUCUGUUAUUCUUAGACCAGUUGAAAAACGCGAACAAUUUUUAGAACAAUUUUCUCAAAGUGAAGAUGUGAUGGGUGAAAAUUUAUGGAUUUUAGUCGAUUCUGAUGGUGAAGAAGAUGAAGAUUCGGUUCUUCCUGCCCUAAGAGAAAAUGAUUUGGUGCAAAUUAUGAAUCAGCUUCCUCUGGACAAUAUGUUUAGAAAAAUACUAAAUAUACAAUCCAAGAAUGGCACUGAUCAUUAUGACAACUCUCUAGUUUCUGAGCAUCAUAUUCUACGAUUUUUUGCAUUUGGUACAAAAUUGAUUGUGAUCUUAAGAAGAGGCUUGGAAACGUAUAAUCAAUCUCGUUAUAAUCAAUUCAGUAAAAGACUGUGUCGUUUCAUGAGACACGUUGUCCAAUUUGCUACAGAUCAGUGGGAAAAUUUUAAAAGAAAUCAAAAUUUGGAUGAUUCGUCUAUGCUCCUACGCCUCCAAGUAGAAUAUGACGCCUUUUUCCUCAGGGCAACUCAUUAUCUGUAUUCAUCCCAGAAAUUGGGAGCUUGGCAAUUUUUAGCUGUGGUUCCAUAUCACAUGGUUUCAAUUAAGACUUUGUGGAAAAUAUUUUAUCUAUUGCAUAGUUGCGACACUAAAGAAGAUAUCAUUUUGGACCCAACUGAUCCUACUGAUUUCAGCCAACAAUUAUGGCAGAAAUCUUUACGUCUGGAAUUUGAAGAGAAAUUAAAUAAUAUGAUCGAUGCAGAAUCUUAUUAUUUAUUAAACACAUUCACAAAUAUGGCUUUGGCCCGUGGAGAAGAAGAUUUAGAUUUUAUUGAGGCUGCAGUUUUGGACUUGUUGGAGGUUGGUUUUAUAACUGAAGCAACACGUGAAUCAUGCUCAAAGAACGCUCGUAUUUUACUUACCUAUAUUACUUCGAAAUAUCCUCAUUUUAUGUCUAAUAUUUUGGAUACGAUUAAUAGAAACAAAAAUAAAAUAACUGAUAUGUUUCUGUACCUGUAUGAAGAGCUUCCCUUAUCUGUAUGGCGACCUAGCAGAAAUGAUAUUGAAUUAAUAUCCACAUGGAUUCUUCACAUGCCAUUUUCUUCUGAUGAAAAUCGCUUGGCUCGUAUGAUUAUUUCCCGUUUGAAUUGGGACUUCAACGAUAGUGGAUGUUUGUUUUUGCCCCAUAAAAUACACAUAGAUGUAGCUUUGCUCAUAGCCCAAGCAGUUGAUAAAGAUGAAGCUUGGCUACAGUGGGCAUGGAAGAUUAUUUUGAAAUUAAAACUUCAUUACAAUGACAUGGGAUUUACCGAUUUGUCUAAUAUACCUGACGUUGUAAAUUUGGAUGUUGUUUACAAAGGUAUCCAUCAAAAUAAACCUUUUGCGUCCCUUCUUGCGUUGCUCAUUUCAAAUUGGGGUCACCUAGUGCCACUGGUUUGUUCGAAAGGACUUGCUCAGCUUCAUAUAUUGUUCUCUAAUCAGCAGCACUACGUUACAAUUUUUGCGUUGUUCGUAAUCGUGCCUCUAUUUGUCGAAUGCCAAGAACAACUGAUAAAUUCAGAGCAUUUUCAAAACGUCCUUAUCGGGCUUUUGAAUGCUGAACGGGGUUAUGUGAACAUGGCCAAAAGCUUUAUAGCACCUCAGUACUCCAUUCUAGAGCAAUUUGGAAAUAUGAUUCAAACUCAUAUUGCAAAUUAUCGUAAUUACAAUCUCGAUAAUCCCAAAUGUCUAGUACGAUUAUGGAUUAAUUCGUUAGUUUCUGUACCUGGGUGGAAUAAGGAUUACGGAGUUCUUUUUUUACUUGAUGUUAUUAUAAAAGCUGUUUUUUGUCAUGCCGAUGCUUUACACGUUGCAACCAGUACUUUGAAAGAUUUAUUACAGGCUUCUACUCCUCAAGAUCAUCCAGGAACAAUUUCUUCAAUAUUUAAAUGGGCGUCUUUAUCAAACGCUCCCCAGGGAUCUCUUUUGACAUCCUCUAGUAUUCCCAAUUGCCCAUUUUUAGCAUAUAUAUUAAUUAACAUCGAGUAUGAAGAAAGAGAAGAGGCAACAGGGUUGUGGAAGGAAAUUCUACUACAGCUUUGGAUGCAGAAAGGAAAAGUUAACAUCGAUGCGGCCAUUAAGAAAGCUGCAUCUAUUAAAAGAUUACCUUCUUUUACCUCUUCGUCACUGUGCAUUUAUCGCUGGGCUCAGCAAGCUUUGGAUACACAUGUUGCGCAUCCAAUAUUACCUUUAUUGUGGCAAAGAUUUUUUUCUUUAUAUCUUGUCAGAAUUCCUGUUUCGGGUGCUGAAGAAAGUAUCUGUGUCGGUACGAAAUUUUUUCAAGGUGUUAUUAAUUUUAAUUAUUUAAAACGUAUAAAGAAACAUUUACAAGAAGCAAUUGACUACUAUAAAAAAGAAAUGGAUGAGACAUCCAACGACGAGGAAGCGAAAGCCAAAUGGCUUUCAUGCGAGCAAUGUUUUAAAGUUUUUAAGGCUUAUUCCUUGUGGUUAGAAGAACCUAGGUUGCAGGAAAGUAAUUUACAUUUGCCUGGAUUACCACCUCAAUAUUUACCACAUUACUUGGCUUUAAUUUUACAAAGAGACCCUGCUCCAUGGGUGGAGUUUGUGAAUUUUGAAGAAAUAAGUCGCGCACAAGAAAAAUCGUUGCAAUCUUGGAAGAAUAUUCUUUACAGGGAAAAGUCAAAGUAUAAUCAACCAACACCAAAUUCAAGAAGUGGGAUGGAAAGUGAAGAUCCCGUUGAAAGAAUGCUAAAACGAUUGAACUCUUUUGAUUUACCUAAGCCACCACCUGAAAUAAUGGUUUCUGAUGUGUUAGUUGUACAGGAAAGCAAUAUUGAAAAUAAGGAGAAAAUGUUUAAAUUUCUAGAACCACAUUUUAAAAUUAUACAGCAAUUCUCCCAUAAUUACGUGCUGAAGAUAUCAGAGCAUAAAGCAUUAGAUUCGAGUUACAAAGAAUUGGCACCACAGUUGUAUCGAUCGGUACUUCUUAAAAUAAAAAAAAAAGUUAGUUGUAGUGGUUCAGGUAGCAAUAGGUCCUGUACUGGAGGGGCGUUAAUAACUCUUGAAAUGCAGGAAGCAAGGAUAAAUGAAAGAUUAGACCAUCAAAUUCAGUCCAAUAGAAAAGAAUAUGAAUCAAUACUUCAUCGGUAUUUUCAGGAGCCCCCUCAGGCUUUAUGUGUAGCAUCUGUGAUCGUUCAAAAGAUUGUAGAAAUAUUGCAAGUUCAACAGCAGCAGAAUCCUCAAUAUUCAGAAAUGGGAGUUGAGCUGUUUUAUUAUUUGGUAUUCCUAAUUGGCGAAGAAACCAAUGCUUAUAUACCUGCCAGACACUUCAUAACUACUUGUUUGGAUAAACUUGGAAAGGCACACAUUGUGGGAAUUGAUUAUGAAACUCCGAGACUUUUGAAUAAGAUUAUAGAAGACACGUCAUUAAGUGGCUUGUUAACUCCUUAUUUUUCUCCGACAAAUUCCAGUACAGCCAAUUUUCUUUAUAUGUAUUCGACAGUGAUCGAAAACAUGAACAAAAAACUCGACGUCGUGUUCGGUGUUUUAUCUAAAUUCGACAUAUCCGUUUGGCUGACGUUAAAAAAGCCAAAAAUAAGCCAAAGAAAUGAAUUUAUUGAAUUAAUUAUAAAAGCUUUGGUAAAAUUAGGCCAUGAACCUCAAAAAGAGUACCAAAUACUACAUGAAUUAUUUCGAAAGCAUCUGCUUUGUGUGUUUGAAUUCCAGUUUCCAGAACAUUAUGGGGAUGUUCUUACCCAUCUGCUAAAGGCCUCAAGUCCGGGAGUUGAUUCAGGAUCUAUUGCCCCCUCUGUAUGGUUAGAUGUUUUGAAUUCACUGGCCACACCUGUUCAGUUAAAACAGACAGGUCCCGUAAGAGAACAGUUGCGUCAGUACGCUCAGAGACAGCACUUGUUGAGUUACCAGGAUCUUUUGGACACCUUACGUUUGUUAACGAAACAUUUUUCAGACGAAAGAUUACAGUAUGGGUUAUAUGGACUCUAUCCUAAAUAUAGGGACUAUGUGGACGUGUUUGUACUAUUCUUGGGAAUGAUUGGACAUGCCCUUAUCGUAAGCGCAAUGAAUGUUCAUUUGGGUGUGUUGGGGGAUAAAUUGUGCGAGAUUUUGUGGCCCUACUUAAGGGAUGUUUUCGCUCCUUGGAUCGCCCCGUAUUGGAUGCAAAACGUUAAAGAUAACAUGCCUGCAUGGAUGCAGCAGUUAACAGACGAUAGGGCAGUAUUAACGCCCUGGAUCCCCGCAGACGGACCGUAUGCACAAAAAAUGACGCAUAUGUUCUUCGAAUGCCUUCAGUUUAUUAUACAUACGUUACCAGCUUGUAAUAAUAUUUUGGGUUUUAUUUGGCAAUGGUACGCAACAAAUUUUGCACAUUCUGCUGUAAAAGAUCAUGUUUUGAACGUUGUUCAUACCUCUUUUCUUGCCUUACCCUGGAACAAUUACUGGCCUUCUACUGGUGAAGUGGAACUAAUGUUAAAGGUUGUUGACCAAUAUCUUCCCGACUGCCAUGUUUUCUUGGGUUACAUUUUUAUCGAAGUGAAAUGGUUAGAUUGGUUAAGAGUUUUAGUUUCGAAUUCUCCCAUUCAGAUAGCUAUGAGAGUACACCAGUGUCUUUUAAAUUUACUUGUUAAACUUUCAAAUGAGCCUCAUAUAAGAGGCAUUCAUCAAGAAAAACUUAGGGCUCUUCUGGUUCAAGCGGAGGCGUUUGAUUGGAAUUUAAUAGAAGCACAAAUAUUACAACAAAUAAUGGACUGGCACGUAAUGAGUUGUAAUCCAAUGGUGCUUUUUUGUCAGGAUCCGCUCGAUAUUGACUUCAGAGUUUUACAAUUGCUUAAAACAAUUUCACACUAUCAUCAGCAAUUGCUACAAGAUUCGCCAUACUUGUUACAGAAACGUCACAUUUAUGUACGAAGUUACAUCAAAUUUUUAUCCAUUCUUGUAAAUCGACAUAAGCAGUUGGUGAGUUCGAAACAGAACAGUUUCAAGUUUAUGAUUAAAUCGCAAUUGAAUCAUUUUGAUUUGGUCGUAAGAAGUGAAUUAGAAACAACCGUUUUGCUAAGAGAAUAUUUUGGACUUCUUGUCAUGGAUGGUUUAAGUGCUGUAGCAUUGAACUGUUUUGAGGAGUGGAUUUCCAAAAAAACAUCCGACAGCGUUGUGUUGAAGAUUGUGUUGGAAGAACUUUCUUCCGCUGUUAGCGAUUCCCAAGCUGUAGCUGUUCUGUACGAAUGUUGCCUUGAUAGUUAUUUUAAUAAUAGUGUAAAUCAUUUGUCUGUGGUAUCCUGGAAAAUGGUUUCUAGUUAUGUAACACCAUUUGGACCAAAGCAGACAGAGUUGGAGAAUAUUUUAAUUGAACAAGGAAAGCUUUUGGCGUUGAAUGCAUUAAUUUAUCAAAAAGUCAGUAACAAUAUAGAUUACAUGUCUUUGCUCAAUUCACUAUUACAAUGGCUAAUUGACAUUAAGAUAACGAAGAGAACAGUUGCGUCAUAUGGGUUAUAUGGACUCUAUCCUAAAUAUAGGGACUAUGUGGACGUGUUUGUACUAUUCUUGGGAAUGAUUGGACAUGCCCUUAUCGUAAGCGCAAUGAAUGUUCAUUUGGGUGUGUUGGGGGAUAAAUUGUGCGAGAUUUUGUGGCCCUACUUAAGGGAUGUUUUCGCUCCUUGGAUCGCCCCGUAUUGGAUGCAAAACGUUAAAGAUAACAUGCCUGCAUGGAUGCAGCAGUUAACAGACGAUAGGGCAGUAUUAACGCCCUGGAUCCCCGCAGACGGACCAUUUAAGUUUUUGUGCAAGGCAUUAUGUGCAUAUAUUUUAGCACAAUUACCUGACACAAAAGGGGAUUUCCCCCUUAUUAGAAAACAUGCUGGAGUCCCAAGUGUAGUAGGCCAUCCCGGAGGAAAUAAAGACUGUGGUAAGCUCCUACUCAAUUUGGAAAUGGGCCAGUCUCAAGGAGAAAUAAAAAGUGUCGCCGAAGUGGCGCUUAAACAGAUUCAAGAUCCAAAUAAUUCGUUGCAUAAUGCAAACGCCUUUUUAACGAACUUAGUGACGAGGCUCUAUACAAAACCUUAUUUAAAAGGCAUCGGUUGUAAUUUGUUUUAAUAGAAAAAUUAUUUUAUUUGAAAGCAUUGAAAUAUGUAACUUGCUUUACAUUUAUCUUUAUUGUUAAAUUUUAUAUUUCUGUAUUUUUUAGUUUAAUAAUAAAUAUGCCAAUUUUUUAUUCU